CGUGAGUAUUAGCGGUCCUUCUUUGGGCCAGUAAAUUUGAUCCGGAAUAACCUGAACCUCUUUGCAACAGCCCAAAUUUCACUUAUCUCGCCUGCCCUACCAUUUCCGAUCGAUCGCCGCCGACCUCCGCCCCCUGAACCAUCAACAAUCAUGCUCCGACAAAGUUCUAGACUUCUAACUAGAGCCACCACGAUGAAGUGGCGCCGCCCUUUUUCAACUGACCUGCCAGCGGCGAACAGCGUUGAUUCCACUUUUUCGGACGCUUGGAAGAAAGUAAUACCCAACACGGAACCUCCUAUGACUCCAUCUGCCUUCAUGAAACCUAGGCCCGCAACUCCGUCAUCUAUCCCUUCUAAGCUCAGUGUCAACUUUGUCCUUCCUUAUUCAUCUGAACUCUCCGGUAAAGAGGUUGAUAUGGUUAUCAUCCCCGCUACUACAGGACAAAUGGGUGUCUUGCCUGGGCAUGUUGCGACAAUUGCAGAGCUGAAGCCUGGCGUCUUAUCAGUUCACGAAGGCAACGAUGUAACCAAGUACUUUGUGAGCGGUGGGUUUGCAUUUGUUCAUGCAAAUUCUUUCGCAGAUAUAGUUGCUGUUGAAGCUGUGCCACUUGACCAAAUCGAUCCCAAUUUGGUUCAAAAAGGCCUCACAGAGUUCACACAGAAGCUAAACACUGCAUCAACUGACGAAGAGAAAGCCGAGGCCCAGAUUGGAGUUGAUGUACACAGCGCCCUUAAUGCUGCUCUGACUGGUUAAAUAUUGUCUUUGUACCUGUUCACUCUUCUUUUUCUUCUGUAUCUGUUGGAAACCACAAAUUCUUCCUGAUUUUCAACAGAUUUAUCCCUGUGCAUGCAUGGUGUUGCCUGUUUCUAGUCCUGCAUCACAUGAAUAAAUGCAGGGAACAAACUCUCCCAAUGUAUACAUGCCAUUUCAUCUGUUACCGCCAAACUUCAGUGAUGAGAAUUAUAUUGCUCCAAAGACUAUUUUUUCA